AUGGCUACAACGGCAUAUGAACAUGAUGCUGACGGCUCUAAGUUUAUACCGGCCACUCAGCGCCCAGAUGGCACCUGGAGAAAGCCAAGACGUAUAAAAGAUGGCUAUGUGCCACAGGAAGAGGUGCCAUUGUAUGAGAGUAAGGGCAAGCAAUUUAAAGCAAGACAAACUACAGGACUCCCAGUUGGACUUACUCCAGAAAUUGCAGCUGAAGUAAAAAAAUCUAAAAAGGGUACUAUACAACCCAUACCCGGCAUGAUCAUCAAUGUUGAGAAGAAGAAAAAGAAAAAGAAGACUGGAGCAGAUGAUGUGUUAGAAAAACUUUCAAGAUGUGAAAUAACAGAGCCAACAUUUACCAACUCUUCCCAAACUCCCACCACACAAGCAGAUCCUUUUAAAAGACUAAAGAAUCUGAGAAAGAAGCUAAGGGAAAUUGAGGCACUUGAGGAAAAAAUUAAAUCAGGCUCCUUGAAAAACCCUGACAAAGAGCAGAAAGAGAAAAUUACAAGAAAAAAUGAAAUAAUUAAAGAAAUAGAAUCAUUAGAGAAAGUUAGUAACGAG